AUGAACCGUGAAUCUGUUAUCUUGUUCAUGUGCUUCCAUUUUCCAGCACCCAUAGGUUGUGACAAAAAUACAUAUGAACCUGGAUUCAGCUCCACAAAAACAUAUGUGUACAAUUAUGAAGGCAGUCUCAUGAUAGGUCAUCAAGAAAAAAACCUGUAUGAAUCUGGAUUAAAAAUCUCCAGCUCUGUUGAAAUCAGCGGAGUGUCACAGCAAACAUUUCUCCUAAAGGUUAUCAACCCACUGAUUGAAGAGUUCCAUGGUAUCCCAGAAAAAGACAGAUUAACAUCAUCACCAAAGCUGACGCAGAGAAUAGCAGCACAGCUUAAACAGCCUAUCAAGUUUGAGUACAUUAAGGGCCGUAUUGGGACCAUAUAUGCACCAGACGAAGUCUCUAAUACUGUUCUCAACAUCCUGAAAGGUAUUUUGAAUUUUCUACAAAUGACAAUCAAGAACACGAAAAAUGUUUACAAUCUUCAAGAGCCUGGCAUUCAUGGCAUCUGCUACACCAGCUAUGUUCUUGAGGAAGACAAAAAGGCCAGUGAGAUCUAUGUUACUCGCUCUAUAGACCUGCAAAAUUGCCAGGAAAAGGCAAUGAAAAUUUUUGGCAUGGCUUAUGCACCAGCAUGUGAGAACUGCAAAAAGGUAGGAAAAAAUGCUGAGGGAAUUGUCACCUACUCCUAUGUCAUUAAACCUACAGAAGAUGGAUCUCUAAUAACGAAAGCAUAUGCUCGGGAAUUGCAACAGUUUGCGCCUCCGCUACGUGAUCUUGCUGCAGAGGCCUCUAGCAAAGCUGACGAAGUGCAGAUCAUUCUGGCCCUGAAGGCUAUUGGGAACGCAGGACAGCCUGAGUACAUCAAGUCUAUUAUGAAAUUCCUGCCAGGAUUUGCAUCUAGUGUUUCAGAGAUUCCUCUUAGAGUGCAAAAUGCAGCUGUUCUGGCUCUCAGGAACAUUGCCAUCAAAAAUCCCAGGAGUGUACAAGACAUUGUACAGAAGAUCCUCAAGGACCGUAGCUUGCAUUCUGAAGUCCGAAUGCAUGCUUGUUUGGUUGUAUUUGAAACAAGACCACCUUUGGCUCUUGUUUCAAUGAUAGCUGAAUCAAUGCUGACAGAAACCAACUUACAAGUGGCUAGUUUCUGCUACUCCCAGAUGAAAACACUGACCAGAUCCACCACUCCUGACAACAGAGAAUUGGCAGCUGCUUGCACUGUAGCUUUGAAGAUACUCGGUCCAAAAUUUGGCAAGUUGAGUUUUCGGUACAGCAAAGCAUUUCAUAAUGAUUACUUUACCGGAUGGAAAUCAACUCCAACAGAAAAUGCCUUACUGUCUACUUAUCUGAAGUUUUUUGGUCAAGAAGUGUUUUUUGCAGACAUCAACAGAAAUACUUUUCAUAAAGCAAUGGAGGUGCUAAGCACAGUGGCAGGUGAACACACUUAUCCAUGGAAAAUAAUAGAUUUGCUUCAAAGGGGGAUUUUGUUUCAGUGGACUCAUGCCUAUCUGGCGUCUGAAAUUCGUUACAUAGAAUCUACAAGUCUGGGUCUUCCAGUGGAAAAUAGUCAGUACUAUACAAUCAUGACUGGCAUGACAGUAAAUGCCAAAACACAAGUUCACCCAGCUCCAAUAAGAGGCUUGGGAGUAGCCCAAUUGCUGAAUUCAGAAAUUGAGACUCAAGUAGACUCUGUAUUGAGCAAUCUCCAAAACUUCAUUUGUUUUCAUGGGGUUAACACAGAACUCAUACAGACUGGCUCAGAGUAUCAUGCUGAUUUACAGAUGGCAGUGCCACUGAAAUUUGAUCUCACAAUGGAUCUGAAAGAAGCAAGGUUUCGUGUGGAAUUUCCAUCUUGCCAGAAGGAGAAUGAACUUUUGGAACUCAAGUCUCAGACAUUUUCUGUGCUACGAAAUGCUGAAACUCUCCCUCUCCAAAAACAUGAUCUCAUUCUGCCUGGAUCUGCUUCAAAACACUCAAGAAAACAUCAUUUUGAACCCUCUAAAAAAGCAGAAUUAAAUUCAGCAGGAGUAAUAAAGGGAAGCAUUUCUGCUGAGCUCCUAUCGCAAGAGAACAGAAAUGCUGGAGACCAGAACAAAGUUUCACCACAACUGCAGCAUUUGUGUGCUAAAUCACGUAACUUUGGAAUUGAGGUCUGCAUUGACACAAAAGUGGCAAAUGCCAUAUUUCUCAGGGAUUGUCCACUCUAUCAUUUUCUUGGGGAUACUUAUGCAAAACUUACUGUUAAGCCAGCUCAAACAGCAGUAGAUAUUCAGAAAAUAAUAUUCUCAAUAAAAGCAGGAUCUGAAAAAGACACAGUUAUGCAUUUCAUGCGAACUGAAGGAUUUAAAUAUCAUAAGAAGGAAUCAAAUGCUACUUCAAUCACGGGGUCGUCAUCUAGCUCUUCUAGUGGCAGCACAUCCAACGAAAAAGGACACCAGGGACACAGAAGAGUGCAAUGGUCUAAAAGCAAUCCCUCUGCAUCCAGUUCAUCCUCCACCUCUUCCUCAUCCAGUUCUUCCUCCAAUUCGAAGAGGAGACGUGGAAGAGGUAAUCCAGACUGGAGAAGCAGCAGGGUCCUAGAAAGUCGCUGGAAUAGCAAUCAGUCCUCAAGCUCCUCCUCACAGGAACUGAGUAUACCUGACGUCUUGGAAGACUUACUCGGUGUAUCCAAGUUUCAGAAGGCCAGGCUAAUAGAUGACUCUAUGUCUCCUUUUGUGACUGCCAUGGCUGAAGCAGUACGAAGUGAUGGCAGGUCUCAAGGAUAUGAAGCAACUGCAUAUCUAUCCCCUACUACCCCAAAAAACAAAAUGCAACUGUUGGUGUCUGAAAUUAAUGAAGAAAGUAAAUGGAAGAUGUGUGUUGAUGCUGGAGUGGAGAAAUCUCAUGAAAAAACAAUGAUGGUGCUCAGUUGGGGAGAAGACUGUGAGAACUACAAGAUUGCCACAAAGGCUGAAGUUCUGGAUAAAUCAGCUUCACACCUGGCCUUGCAGUUCAAGUUUCAAUGGGGAAAGAUACCAAGACACAUGAAAAACAAUUUAGAAAGGCUUGCUGAAUAUGUUCCAGGCAUUGCCUUAUAUUUAGGAUUUUUUGAGAAACAUCAGCAAAAUCCUCACCAUCAAAUUUCUAUAACCAUUAAAGCAACAUCUUCAAGUACUAUUGACACAAUAAUCAAGGCUCCAAAGCUAACUCUUUAUCAGCAAGGUAUCCCAAUUCCUGUGGAUAUACCUGUUAAUGGUCUGUCAAAUAUGCAGAAGAAUACUGUCCAAAGUGCUCUUAAUGACCUGCCUUCUUUAAUUUUGCACGGAAUGAAAGCUCAAUGUUCUGUUGCAGGAAGGAAUUUUAUAACAUUUAACAAUGUUAGGUUCACAUCAGCAUUGCCCAAAGCUUGUUACCAUGUACUAGCUCAGGACUGCACCAGUGAACUCAAGUUUGUGGUGCUGAUGAAAGAAGAAGCAUCCAACAAAAAAGAAGUUUACAUUAGAACACCUCUUGGGAAUCUAAUCAUUCGCCAUGAAGCUGGUAGAGACCCUUUCCUAAGAUUUAACAAUGCUGGCCUGACACUUUCUAGCCUGCCAUUUAAAGACCCCUCAGGAACAUUACUUAUCAACACCAUUGAAGGUGAUGUUUUGAUAGAAGCACCAGAACUUGGACUUGACAGAUUAUAUCUGAAUGGGGAAAUAAUGAAGGUUGUAAUCGAAUCCUGGAUGAAAGGAAAAAUGUGUGGCCUGUGCGGACAGGCAGAUGGAGAGGAUCGCACAGAAUUUAGAAUGCCAAAUUUGUACACAGCAAAAAGUCCAAGCAGUUUUGUGCACUCUUGGAUGCUUCAUGAAGAACCCUGCUCAGGUGCUUGUACCUUGCAACGGGAGUUUGUGACAUUGCAAAAGCAUAUCAGUAUAAUGGGAGAGGAAUCAAGCUGCCACUCGGUGGAGCCAAUUCUCCACUGCAGAUCAGACUGUUCUCCAUUAGAAACAACACCUGUAUCAGUUGGAUUUAAUUGUAUACCAACAGGAGCCCAUCCUGGUCGCUGA